AUGGCUGCCCAUUAUGUGACAGCUCAGGAAAACAUGGUGGAGCUGGGUCAGGCCCUAGGCAGGGAGGAGGGGGCCGAGGUGGCGGCCGAGCAUGAAGCCCGGGUGAGGGAAGAUGCCAGGGUGGAUGCCAGGGAGGUAACCACAGCCACCAUGGUGAGACAGCGGGUGGAGGCGGCCCUGGGGCCGCUGGAGCGCUUGGUGACCGUGUGUGAGAAAGCCACUGCGUUCCCCCGGGAGCUGCAGCGCCUCCUCAGGGACUUCGAGGCCGCCCUGAAGGGGACAAAUGAGGCAUCCCCUGAUGUCCCCGAGGCCUUGGUGGCCAUGGUGGCCAAGGCCGAGCAGCUGUGGGAGGCCAACGCCCGCCUGGCCCAGGAACACCUGCUGGAGACACUUCAAGACAUCAAUUUCUAUUUCACUGGUGAUCUCACCAGCCCCAGUGACUGUGAGGUGGCCAAGCGGUGCCGAAGAGCCACCGAGGACAUCCCAAGGCUCCUUCAACCACCAGAGUGUCCCCAGAGCAUCCCCAAUGUGUCCCCAGUGAGCGUGGAGCUCCAAGAGCUGUCCCCAGCCCUGCUGCAGCCACCGGUUGCCGUGGUGGCCACCCUGGAUGACCUGCUGGCCACCCUGCCCAGGCGGGACAUGAUGCUGCUGAGGUCUGCAGAGAGCCUGCACUGGAGCCUGGCGGACUUCACCAGGGGGCUCUGGGCCACCCUGUACCGCAUUGACGGCACCUGGUGGCAGCAAAAUGUCAGCUCCGAUGAUGAUGAUCCUCCCAUCUCCCUGAGCCAGGCCCUGGAUGCCUACAAGAGCACCCCAGGGACCCCCAGGAACCGCGUGACAACGGUGGUCAGCAAGUGGCAGGGGUCAGUGGCGACGCUUCUGGACAGCUGGGUCCAGCUGGCUGGGGCAGCCACCGAACUCUCCAACACCUGCAGGGAGGUGGCCACUGAGGCGGCCGACAGGGUGGCCACCGCCACAGCCCGGGCCAUGGAGCUGCAGCACAAGGCUGCCUGUGGCAGGAGGGGGCCCAGGUGGUGA